AUGGCGCCCGUCCCGUCUUCCAUCCUCCGCGCCCUGUCCAUCGCCGACCCAUCACAGGCCACCCUCUCCACCUCCGCCCUGGGCUCCGGCUUCACCACAACAGGCACAAUAAACGCAACAAUAGACGGCACAGAGCGCAAAUACUUCGUCAAAACCUCCUCCAAUGGCGCCGCCACCGAAGAAAUGUUCCAAGGCGAGUACGAGUCCCUAAACGCCAUCGCCAGCGCAGUCCCAGGGUUCUGUCCGCGCGCCGUCGCAUGGGGGCCCCUCGAGGAAGGGAACGAGAAGAGCUACUUCCUCGCUACGGAGUUUUUGGACCUAGGAGCUCGCGGGAAAAAGGGCGAGUCUCUGGCGCAGAGGCUGGGGAAGCUACAUUCUACCCCUGCGCCCAAGGAGCCGGAGACGGGGAAAAGACGCUUCGGGUUCCCCGUCCCGACAUUCUGCGGCGACACGAGGCAGGCGAAUCGGUGGACUGAGUCGUGGGCGGAUUUCUACGCAAAUGAGCGGCUGCUCACGAUCUUGGGAACAUCCGAACAGCGCAAUGGGCCUGAUGCCGGGCUGCGGGAUCUAGUCGAGCGGACGGCAAGUGUCGUUGUCCCUGCGCUUCUGGGCGAUGGACAUCUUGGCUUCGAUAAGAGUGGGAAGGGCGAGGGAAUCACGCCCGUUGUUGUGCAUGGGGAUCUGUGGAGUGGAAACGCGGAUCGGGGGCGGAUUGAGGGGAGUGGAACGGAGGAUGAGGAGGUUGGAGACGUGGUGUAUGAUCCGUCGGCUUGCUAUGCGCAUAACGAGUAUGAGUUGGGGAUUAUGAAAAUGUUUGGCGGGUUUGGGUCUGCUUUCUUCAGUGAAUAUCAUCGCAUUGUGCCCAAGACAGAGCCGGUGGAGGAGUAUGAGGAUCGGGUGAAGCUUUAUGAACUGUACCAUCAUCUGAACCAUCACGCGAUUUUUGGAGCUGGAUAUAAGUCGGGUGCCAUAUCUAUUAUGGAGAAGCUGCUCAAGAAGUACGGUUGA